UAUUGAAUAAAGGUUUUAUGACCAAAUUGAUGAAAAGAUUGUUCGUUUAUUUGAGAGCGGAUCAGGAACUUCUCAAUAGAAAGGCUAUGGCGUAACCAUUGAUGAUUGAAAGAGAUAGUUAAAACAAUGAAAAUCUAUGAAGCUGUUUACUCAUGCUGCUAUAUUCUGGAUUAACUGAGCUUCUCUGUUACUUAGUUUGUAUCUUGAACCACUUCAAAUAUCGGUUGGUCUACAAAGCAUAAUCUUGCCAGCAUGGGCUUGGAAAGCCCCGUUGUUGAUUAUCCUAAAGAUAGGACUCUUUGUUGAGUUGGAAAGUACACAAAUAUCAUUGAAGAUUCUCAAGAUGCUUUUAUUUCAUUACUCUGAUUAACUCUGUCUUUACUGCAAUAAGGUAUGUUCCCUUAGCUUCUUAUCAGCAACGGCUUAACUAGCCAGAUGUAGAAAUCAGGCUCCAUGCUUUUCCUACUUAUGUUUUCCUUCCUGAUCAGAGUCAUCUCUUUAGCCUGAUUGAAUCUUUAAAAGUUCCGGCAACAUUAGUUUAGCCACUAGACAUUGGACUGACUGCUAUAUGUAACCAAGGAGAGUAUGGAGACUUCGAAAAAUUUAUAUCUACUUAAUACUCAUCAUCUAGAGCCCUGUGACUGAGAUAAUGAACCUGAAGACUUCAUUAGUAUCAAACAUACAUUUUCCUUUCAAUGAACCUCACUCCU